AUGUCCAAGAUUGCAAGACUGUACCUGAUUUCCCUGGCUAUUGCAGACACCUUGUGUUUGUUCUGGGGUGGGCUGAUUGACCUAAGUUUGGUGUGGCUAGACCCAAACCCUUUCUGGAACAGUCCCCCGUGGUGCGGUCUGGUUACAGUCCUGGAAUAUGGCUCAUUGUUCAGUUCCAUUUGGAUUGUAAUUGUUUUCACCAUGGAGCGCUACCUGGUGUUGCGGAGUACCCAAGCCAGACAACACUGCUCCCAGACCAAGGUGACUGUCCGAAUCAUCCUAUGUGUGAUCCUGGUCUCGCAUCUGAUCGCAGUUCCUGCAUAUUGGAUCAACAGCGCUCAGAAGCAUAACUUGACUGUUCGCAAUGAAACACUACUUCUCUGUGUCUAUAAUGACAGCUUCUAUUCCACUGCAGUCGUUUGGUUCCACACCUUCAUCUCAGGCGGGAUACCCUUCAUCCUCAUUAUCCUCUUCAACUCCCUGAUCUGCCAGCAGCUCUAUGCGACCACCAGGAUGUUCACCAAGGAGCAGAGGAGGACCAUGAGCGGCAUCACUGCCCGCAGCCUGGUUAAGAAGUCGGUAAUUAUCCUCUUCACCGUUUCCUUCACCUUCGUCUUCCUCGCCCUGCCACGCUUUGUGACCUACUGUAUCCUGAGAACAGUGUAUAACACACCAAAGCAUGACCGCAAUGACUACACCCAGCUCAUCAACUUGUUUGCAGACAUCGGCAUCAUGCUACAGUGGCUGAACUCAGCCAUCAAUUUUGUGCUGUACUGUGUAGUCAGCAAGCGGUUCCGCCAAGAAUUCCUAAUGGUCUUAACCUUCAGGAGAAGGAAUACCAGAAACUCCACAGAAGCUUCACACACAGGACUCAAACUCUACAGUGUUAUGGGACAACCAGCGCAUUAG